AGACAAUGUCCAGCGAGCUCACUCAAAAACCCCUGUUCGCCAGACAUUGUCCGGCGAGCUCACUCAAAAACCCCUGUUCGCCAGACAUUGUCCUCCGUCCAUGGCCAUCCUCCUUUCUUCAGCCAACAACCUCUACGAAGCCUACACACAAAACCUUGCGCAACCAACGCUGCUUCCGCCACAGCCUCGGAACAACUGUCUAUAGCAGACGCCCGCACCAUGGGAAACGCGGGAAGUCGUCAAUUUGCAGAUGCGCUCCAUCACGUAUCUCAAGACCCCAGUGGGAAGAUUCCCAGCGAUCGACUGUCAGACGCAAAGGUACAUCCAUUCUCGCCCGCGCCGGAAAUUCGCUCAUUCUCCCCAGUUUCUUGUCGCUCCAAGCGUUUUUCUGGAGCAAAUUCAAUUGUGUUGGGAUCAUCUCCCGUGUUGCGUAACCGAUGCAGUCGAGCGCACACUCUCCUCGCACAUCAAUGCAGAACUAGAGCCUGAGGCAUGGGUGCAGCAACAGAUCCGCAGCCAGCCUGCCCUCGAUUUUGCAAUCCAUCUCUACGACCACCUCACUCAAGAAAACCAAUCUGACCCUCCUCAGCUCAGGAAUGCCAAAAGAAACGUGUGGCUUGUCGCAUUUGGCGAAUUGCGAGAAACGUUUGAGUCCAGUUGUGGCCGGGGUGCGUUGGUUAAUUACAUCCUCAACAAGAAGCAGCCCGCAGACGAGGCCAGAUUUCGACGUGAUUGCGGUAACUUGGCGAUUGCAGGGGACCGGUUAAAGUCAUUUUCGGCGGUUGUGGGAGGUUCUGGAGCACUAAUCUGCGGCCUCUCGAUACCUUGGACGACCUUAACGAAGGCAAAAGGUUUCGAGAACGUAUCCCCUGAAGCCAUUUCCGACUCAGUCAAUCGGGAGAACAUAGAGAGGUGCGGAACGCAAGUUGAUAAACUACUUACGGCGUACGAAACGCAAGCUCGUGCCUGUAUAGACAGUCAGGAAUCACCACCUAGCCGCAAACGCAAACGAAAAAACCCACCCGCACGCAUUGCGAACAUUGAACAAGCCACAAUCCCGCUGACGAUGGCAGACGAUGGACUGCAGCACGUUGACGACACUAUCCGUCUUCCAAAUCAAGGUCACUCUGAGAUUUCAGCUUACCGCCCUCUGGCUCCUCCUGCAGGGGAACGCCAUCCAUCACCUGCGCGAGGCAGCGGAGACCCCAAUGGUCGUACCGGGGGGUUCCAGUGAACACUGAGCAGCACCACACGGCAUAUCCGAUCGUACCUUCCUGCGAGUACUCUGGGCCUCGCCAGUGGUUUAUCAACGGCGCUAUUGGCGGCGAGCAGAACUCGAC